AUGUCCAACGCAACCAGUCCCAUCUGGUGGGUGCCCACGUCGCCCGUCGGCAGUGGUGACAAUGCUUGGCAGCUGACGGCGGCGUCGCUCGUGGGCCUGCAGUCGGUGCCCGGCCUCGUGGUGCUGUACGCGGGCGUGAUGAAGAAGAAGUGGGCCAUCAACAGCGCGUUCAUGGCCUUUUACGCCUUUGCGGCGGUGCUCAUCUGCUGGGUGCUGUGGGCGUACGAGGCGUCGUUUGGCGAGUACAUGCUGCCGCUUGUGGGCAAGCCCAACAACGUGCUGGGCAUCGACCGGCUGCUGACGCAGUCGAACCUGCCGUCGCUCAACGGCGGCGCCGGCGCCAGCCAGGCGAUGCCGCUGGCCACCAUGGUGUACUUCCAGUUUGUGUUUGCGGCCAUCACGCUCGUCAUCACGGCGGGCGCGUUCCUGGGCCGCAUGAGCUUCUACGCGUGGAUGGUCUUUGUGCCGCUGUGGCUGACGCUGUCGUACACGGUGGGCGCCUACUCCAUCUGGGGCGGCGGCUUCCUGACGCAGCUGGGCGUGCUCGACUACUCGGGCGGCUACGUCAUCCACCUGUCGAGCGGCACCGCCGGCUUCAUCGGCUCGUACUGGAUCGGCCCCCGCAUGGCCAAGGACCGCGAGGACGCGCGGCCCAACAACAUCCUCGUCGUGCUGAUCGGCGCCGGCAUCCUGUGGAUCGGCUGGAACGGCUUCAACGGCGGCGACCCGUACGCCGCGAGCGCCGACGCCGGCGUGGCCGUGCUCAACACGAACCUCUGCACGGCCGUGUCGCUGCUGGUGUGGACCGGCCUCGACAUGGUCGUCUUCAAGAAGCCGUCCGUCAUCGGCGCCGUCCAGGGCAUGAUCACCGGCCUCGUGGCCAUCACGCCCGCCGCGGGCUACGUCGCCGGCUGGGGCGCCAUUCUGCUGGGCCUCGGCAGCGGCUCCGUGCCCUGGUUCACGAUGAACAUUGUGGCCAAGAAGCUGUCGUGGCUCGAGCGCCACUUUGACGACACCCUCGGCGUCAUGCACACCCACAUGGUCGCCGGCUUUGUCGGCGGCUUUGGCACGGGGCUCUGGGCCACCGUCGACGGCUGCGCGGCCUUUGGCGCCACGAACCCGGGCGGCGCCAUCGCCGGCAACGGCAUCCAGCUGGGCUACCAGAUGGCCGGCGCCCUGUUCAUCAUUGGCUGGAAUCUCGUGUGGACGUCGCUCAUUCUGCUCUUCAUCCAGCACGUCCUGCGCAUCCCGCUGCGCAUGAGCGACGAGGAGCUGUUCCUGGGCGACGACGCCGUGCACGGCGAGGCCGCCUACGUCUUCGGCCCCUGCGAGGCCCACGAAGAGCUGGGCCACGCGGGCUACAUCCAGGGCGAGAUGGUCCAGACGGCGGCGGCCUCGUCGCCGGCGGCGGGCGGGCCGGGCGACAACGACGGGGGGGCCGAGCUGGGCAUUGGCGGGUCGACGGUCGUGCCCAAGGACAAGACCAGCAGCGGCACGGGGGAGGGCAGCACGCCGACACAGUGA